AUGUCAAGCAAGUGGCAAAUAGUUCCAGAUCUUGCUGCUGCUGUUCUAGGUGCAACCGAAGAAAUCUUGAUUAGUUCAGAAAGUCCAUCGUUGGCAUGCGAUCGUACUCGAUUGAUAUCAUUAACCAACUCUUCAAAUGACUUUCACGUUCCAUUAUCAUGCUUAAAUUCACGAACAAUGUCACAAGUCAAUGCAAAAAAAGCAUUUACUUAUUUCGAUAAAAAUCGCGAUGGAAAAUUGAGUAUUAAAGAGUUCAAAUCAGUUAUGCAUGAUUUGGGUUAUAAAACUGUUGAUAAACAAUUAAUUAGACAAAUGUUUUCAGAAAUAAAUGGUAAUGGAAAUCAGCAUGCAUUGACGUACGAGGAAUUCGUUGAAUUUCUCGAAUCAAAAUUAUCGUCAACAACCGACAAUAAUCAUUCACCUUCGACAGAUGAUUUUAAAUUAUUAUCAUCAUCGCAGAAAAUGGAAUUUGAUAUUGAAACAUUAUUUAAUUGUUACGAUCUUGAUAAGAAUGGCUUCAUUGAACCAAAAGAAUUACGAAAAGUUAUGAAACGUUUAAUAGGACAAAAACUAUCUAAACAAGACAUUGAAGAGAUGAUGAGUGUUGCUGAUAUAAAUGGUGAUGGACUAUUAGAUAAGACGGAAUUUGCACUUCUAUGCCGUGGUUUUUGUUGA